GAAUUUCGGGUCACACGUUCUCCAUCGUUGCACUUUUCACUCAUCACCCCUCAAAAGUCUCUUCUUCUAAGAGAAAUCAACAGAAUGAGAUAAACAGAAAUAAAAAAAAAUGUCAGACAGGAAUCCGGAAUCCUCAAACUUGAACGCGCUAAACACGGACGUCACGGAAUCAAUCCUGUCCCUCCUCCCGAUCCCAUCGCUCGUCCGCUUCUCCACCGUCUCCAAGCUCUGGCGCUCAAUCAUCACCUCCCUCCCUCCUUCCCCUUCCUCUUCCCCAUGGCUCUUCCUCUUCGGCAUCCACAACACCUCCUCCUUCCACAACCAAUCCUUCGCCUUCGACCCCCUCUCCCACUCCUGGCUCCGCCUCCCCUUCCCCUCCCUCCCUUCCCUCCACCUCGUCGGCUCCGAUCGCUUCCUCUUCUCCACCGCUCCCAGAUUCUCCUUCUCCCCCAUCCUCAACCCUCACUGGCGUCCCACCUCCCCUCUCCGUUUCCCCCGAAUCAACCCCCUCCUCGGCGUCUUCCCCUCCUCCUCCAAGCUCAUCCUCGUCGGCGGUGUCGGAUCCAUCGGCGGCUUAGUCAACAUCGACGAUCGCUCUCCCGUUCAAAUCUACGACUCCGCUCUCGACUCCUGGGAGCUCUGUCCUCCCCUCCCCGACGCUUUCCGAUCAAACGCCCACGAAACCCUCAGCUCGGCCCUCUGCAAACGCAGCUUCUACGUCUUCGAUGUCACCUCGUGCUUCAUCUCCUCCUUCUCCUUGGAUACUUACACGUGGAGCGACGUUCAGACGCUUAGACCCCCCGGCCUCCUCUUCGCCUUCCUCAACUCCUGUAACGACGCCCUUGUCCUCGGCGGAAUGUGUUAUUCGGAUCGCGGCUUCUCCUUUAACCUCUGGAGAGUCGACCAAGGCUCCAUGGAGUUCAGCGAGAUCGCCAUUAUGCCUGACGCUUUGUUGUUUGGCUUGUUGGUUGAUUCCGAGGAUGAGGAUGAUGCUCACCGCUUCACGACUUUGAAAUGCCUUGGCUCUGGGAAUCUUGUUUAUGUGUUUAACCAAGAUGCUCAUAAGAAGUAUCCUGCUUGUGUUUGUGACAUUGGUGUGGAGAAUGGCAAGUGUACCUGGAGGAGUCUGCCCAAUUUGCCCUCUCCUGUUAAUAAGUUUCAUAAGCUUGUUACUUUCUGCUCCACUCUAUCCAUUACCGACGUCUUCCACUCCGAUGAGGCUCAGAUUGGUGCUUGAGUUCCUUUUACUUAUGCCAAUGGCUUUGCUGGUUUGGUGUGGUAAAACUUUAGAAAACAUUAUAGUUUAGAUUCUCUACGGUCAGAAAGAGAUUAAGAACUGAUUACAUCUCAAUCUUCGUGCUGCAGGUAAGCUAUUUAUAGUCCAAGUACCUAUCUUACCAUCCAUGGGUUACAAUGUAAAGUGGAGAUGAACAGAGAAGAUAAAUAAUGGAAAGUGUAUAAAGAUGGGUAUCCAUUUAUUAUGGUAAUCAUUCAUAUAUGUAAUUAGGUGAAAACUGAUUUUGUAAUUCUUCGUUAAUAUGUUGUUGCUAUGUUAACUCUUUUGUACGAUUACAUAUAGUGUAUAUUUGUUUAUUCCA